CGAAAGAUUGAGAAAGAGAAAGAGAACCAGUACUAAGAAAUAAGAAAGGGGUUUAUGUCAAAUUACAAAAAAACCGGAUAUAUACAAAACAAAAACACUCAAACCCUAGUCACUACCCUCGUUCUUACUCUCCACCCACCGCCGCCACUACAUCAACCGUUACAUCUUCAAAUCCCUUUAUACACUCACUCACUCACUCAUCUCUUAGAUCUCUCAUUUUUUUCUCCAAACCUAUCUAUCUAUUCAGCGUCGUCGUUUUAUCCCUUUAACUUAUUCUCCUUACCAUGGUUUUCAACGAGAGGCCAACAAAGAGGAUGAAAACAAGAGUCACUGCCGAUCUUUAUGAUUUUCUCACUUUCCCUUUCGCCGGCGACUUCUCCGAUGCUUUACCUUUUCGUAACCGUGUUCAUCGUUUUCUUGCUGAUCACGCUCGUGUCGCUUUUCCUCCCUCUCUUUUUCCCUCCCUGAUGACGUGGCAGAUCUUGUUCCGUGUUGGGGAAGUUGUUGAUGGCUCUGAUCUUUCGUCUGCUAUGGUUACUCUUGACAUUGUUGAAGAGGAUGUUACUUGUUCUCGUAGUACUGUUUAUUGUGACCAGUGCCGAGUUGUUGGAUGGAGUGGUCAUCCUGUAUGUCGAAAGCGAUUUCAUUUCAUAAUAAGGUCUGGUAGUGAUGCUGUUGAAGCAUACCAAAGACCUUGUUCAAAAUGUGGAGAUCUUCUCCAAUUAUCUGAAGCAAGGUGUAAGACAUGUAAUCUUGACAUCUGUGUUGAUGAUUUGGAGGAUUGGUUGUAUCUUCAAAUUGAAGAUAACACACAUCUUCUGCAUGGAGUUGUGCAUUCUAAUGGUUAUGGUCACUUACUUACUCUUAAUGGAAGAGAAGGUGGCUCAAUGCAUCUCUCGGGUUCUGAUUUAAUAGGUUUCUGGGAUAGGCUCUGUGCUGCAAUUUCUGUUAGGAAGGUUACUGUGAUGGACUUGUCCAAGAAAUUUGGUCUGGAUUAUCGUUUGCUUCAUGCAAUCACCAAUGGGCAUUCAUGGUAUGGCAAUUGGGGUUAUGAAUUUGGAACUGGCUGCUAUGGUCUUACCAAAGAAGCAUACAAGAAGGCAGUUGAUACGCUGUCCAACCUGCCCUUGUCCUCAUUUUCAUUCCAAGGUCGAGGACCCCGAAACCGUGUGCAUACUGUUAUUUCUCUUUACCAGUCUUUGGCAGAAACUGAACUUCUAACGAUUAAAGAUCUCUUCUCCUUUUUGUUGAAAUUGGUUAAUAGAAAGCCUUCACAACAUGAAUUCACCAGUCCCAUUAAUAUACUAGUUUCAUGGACAAGAAAUGAGGUUGAAGAAGUGCAACAAGCUUUGAUCAAGGUAUUGCUUGCAUCAAGUGCAUGUAACAAGGCCAAAUGGGCUACAAGACGAACUCUUAAGGGGGCCGUAAGUAUGCGGGUUAGAUCCUCUGAGCUGGUAGACUAUAGUCUUAAGCACUUGCCAGGGAAAUUGGCUGCAAAUGGAAUGGUGGUUUGUUCGCGUUGCAAUCCGACAUCUAGUGCUGUUGAAUUCAGGUUAGGACCUUUUACUAAUGGAUUUACCUCAAAUUCAAGCUAUCCUUCAAAAGAGCAAGUGAUAUCUGAUUUGACAUUCUUAUUUAAUACAAUUAUUCACCCUGAAAAAAAGUUCAGCUACAGACCAAAGAUUAUGAGGAAAACGAUUGCUGAUUCAGCCAGAACGCUUCUCGACUGUAAGCAGUUUAUGAAGAAUUAUGAAGCUGAUCAUGUGAUCACAGAAACGCCUACUGAUAUUAAGCUUUGGUGUCACGUGGAGCUUUCUGACCAUCCUAAAGAGGACCAACCAUCACCACCCCCAGAACUAAUUGUGUUGCCUAUAGAUGCUACUGUUGAUGACCUAAAAAAUGAAGUCACUAGUGCUUUUCAAGAGGUAUAUGCAAUGUACAAGAGGUUUCAAGCCGAGGAACUUCUAGGAUAUGGUAAAAUCAGCAAUUUAUAUACCCUGAAAUUCCUUUUUGGAGCAAAUACAAGUGUUCGAAUUCUAGGAAAAUGUCCUACAAAACAUGGCCUAAGCCGAUUCCGAAAGGAACGAGGAACAGAAGAGUGGAAGGUUGAUUGCACUUGUGGUGCUAAGGAUGAUGAUGGAGAAAAAAUGUUAGCAUGUGAUACUUGUGGUGUCUGGCAGCAUACGAGAUGUGCGGGAAUUGGUAGUUCUGCGCCUUCCAAAUUUGAAUGUAGGAGAUGUGUAAGCUCUUACAUGAAAACCAAAAAAUACCCAAUAUCUUCUUCUAGUGAGACUUGUAAAUUGAAAACAUCUUGCAGAGAUGAAGCGACUGCUGUAGCUUGUAAUAUAAAUGUGAAUUUUGGUGUACGUUGAGCUAGGCUGUAUGUAAUUGUUGUAAAUUUUGGCUAUAGGGUUUCAUGUUAUGCCAACCGAGAGAAGUCCUCUGUUUGAACAUAAUAUUGUUUUUGCUAUGUUCAGAUUGAGCUUGUUUUAUCUGGGCAUGAUGAAAAACAAAUUUGUUUGUAUUCAAAUUUCUGAACUGUUGUAAUUGGUAUGAAUGUUUAUGAAAUUGACUAUCACAUUACUUGUGAAGUAUAGAAAUUUGAUCAUUGCCUUUCAAA